AUGUCUACCGCUCAAUCUCUUCCGGCCUGGUUCCAGAGUCGCGUGGCCGCUGUAUAUGACGCACCCGACGAGUCUUCGCGUUCGGCUGCGCUCGACGCCCUGCUUGGCCCGGAGGUCAAUGUGCUGCACAACGGAGAGAAGAAAGAUGUAGCGGAUAAGCGACACCGAGUCAUGGCACAGACAGCCGCGUCGUCGAAGAUCGAUCUGCAAUGGGAGAAGGUUGAAGAGAGUGCUCCGGACGAGGUGAAGGGAUCUUAUGUCUUGACAAUCGCGUCGAAGUUCCGAGUCCGUGCGGCUCCAAUGCAGCGCCAUGUGACCGUCAACUUCACUGCGAAGAUCGCGAACUCGGGCGACCCUCCAUCAGAUGACAACCGACGAGUUGUGGAUUUACAAGAACAGGAAGAGAUCAAGCAAGACCCGAUACAUCUACAGAGUAUCCCAAAACAGGAUGAGUAG